AUGUCUACAACAGAUAUCCCUCGUCGUACCCGUCCAUCAAACGCAACUGCCCGGCCUGGUCAGAUUGUGCUUAAUGCACAAGUCAAGAGACAUACCAAGGCACAAAAGAAUGCGGAUGACCUUGCCGCCAAGGAAGCAAAAGAAUUGAAGGAGGCACAGGUCGAAGAAGGACUGAAGCGCCUGGCUGGUAUGCAAAAUGAGAUGGAGAAAGCACAGGAGGAAUUACUUACGAUGAAAGCAAUUCCCAUUCGGCCUAAGCCCAGGGCUCAUAAGGCAAUGAAGCCUGCAGUAAGGACUAGUGACAAUCAUACUGACAGCAUGAUGGAGGCUGAAGCUGAUGACCUCCAGGAGACUGUUGAGCAGAUGGACGAUGGAAACGCAAGAGUGACGAAGAAGACGGUAACGAAGAAAGGUGGAAAGACACUGGUAAAGGAUGCCAUCAGCAACUUGAUGCAAAAGAAGAUCAACGAACCGUCAUCAAAAGGGGAAGGUGAUAUCACUGAUGGCAUGGCACGUGUAUCUGAUGGGAAAGACUCAGUGUCUCUCAAUGCAGCCAGUCAGAAAUUUGCGUUGGGUGGCCGGGUCACCAACUGGGUGUCCGAUAUCAAGCCGCAGGGAAAACCAGAACAUCCAAAACUGGCACCCACAUCAAGUGUUACUCGAGCGCCUCUAACUCCAAUUUUCACACAAGGCACUGCUUCUACGGUAGCAACUUCUGAUGCGCAAGUCCCAACUCAGAAGCCUGCAGUUCCUGCUGAAAUUCUAGGCGCAGAUGAUGCCCUCAUAGGCAGCUUUGCAGAUGCCAUCAAUGAUGCCCUGGAGCGUGAGGCCGCUAUUGUGCAAGGCAAGGGAAAAUUGAAGGUAGCCUCAAUAUUUGAAGAUAUCUCAGACUUUGAGGCAAAGGCAACUUCCACGCAAGUACUAUCAAGAGCACAUGACUCAGAUGACAAUUCAGUGGCCUCAUCUGCCGAGCAGGAACAGUACUCGCUGGAGACCAAACCUCCAUUCACACAGGUUGACCCUUCCCAGACCCUCAAGCGGAAAACUGUGCUUGAUGACACUUUAGAUGAUGACGAGGUGUCUGACUGGUCCAUGGACGUUGACGGCCCCGCUUUUGAGGACCUGGUUAUGAUUUCUGAUGAAGAUUCGCAGCCCAAACCUGUGGUGCUAAAGAAGAACAAGGUUCAGUGCACAACGUCAUUGACGUCUGUAUCUGUUGCUUCCGCUGCUGACAGCAAGCCACCUGCUCUCAAGAAGGCCAAGAUCGAAUCAUCUCUUAUACGUGCCCGCAACACUCCUGCUAUUGAACGCCCGCUGAAUGUAGACACUGCGCCAGAUCGCAUGAAGCCUCAUAGCGCCUAUUGUAACGUCGACUUACCUGCUAUGAUGCAGGUGGACCAGCGCUGGACAAAGAAGUAUCUACCUACCGUCAUGUUGUGGGCUGGGAGUUAUGAGGAUAUCUGGACCAUCCCAGAUGAUGUCCUUCUCCUUCACGCCCAGCUCAUUUUGAAUGCAGUAUACAAGGAACUUAACAUCACUAUCGUUCAUGGUGGUGUGAUACACUCCCUCACAGCGCAGCGUAUAUCUGAAUGGCGCAGCAAUUUCGGCUCUACGGGCAUAGUCAUCAUCCUGGACUUUUUGACGCGAAAUUCUGACUGUGAUCCUGUUGAACUUGCCGAGUCUUUGGUUACCAGCUACACAUUCCUGUUUGAAAAUCCUGACGACCCAAAUCCCCUCACAGUGUACCGCUCUCCCUUUGUUUUGCAGCUGUUGGGUACUGCGCAUCUCAAUGCCAUCAAUGGCUAUGUGGAGGUUCCCAAACUCGACAUGCAUGCACUCGCAAUGCGUGGGAUGUCAGGUGUUAUUUCCCUUUCUGCUGCAGCAAUUGAGCGCGCCCUCAAUAUGUUCGCAAAGAAGCAUUUGAAAGUCAAGGAGGUCUUAGCGGCUGGCUCAGGUAAACUCACUAUCAAGCUACCAAAAGUCCUCAACAAAGCUACUGGGAAGAUGACCAACACCCCAUUCCUAUUUUCGGAGGCUCGCUGGACUAAAGCGACCAAGUCGUUCACCAAGUCCCUCUCAAAAAAGCCUGCGGGAUACAUAGAGAUGACGAUACAGAUGGCGCGUGCCUGUACUGCAUUGAAUGAUGCGACGGAUACACCCCAGGGCUCAUUUGAUGAGGAGGAGUCUGAUGAUGAGCGCGCUAUGCUUUUAAUACUGCCCCAUUUUAUGAAAGACUUGUGCCGCUUUACCUGCUUUCUUAAGCAAAAUAAGUGUUGA